CUCCAUUUGCCAGUGUGCACUCUGUCGUCAUGUCUUUCUUAAUACAGUAGACUGGUACUAGGGAUACAGUACAGUCUCAGCCUUUUACAUACACUGUUUGGAGCUCAACAUGAAGACUGUCCCUCUUAUUAUCUGUGCAGCCAUCCUAUAUCAGACACAGAGUUCUGACUUAACCAAACCUAUUGAAAUCAAGACAAAAGAGGGGGAGACCACCACCCUGACCUGUGUGGAUGAUAACAUAACCCUGCUGGCACCCCCUCCUGGGUGUAUUGUGCAGGACUUGACAUGUCGGAGGUACCUUGAACCUCUCAAAGACCUCUCCUGGUCCAAGGGUUCUGUCAUUAUAAGAACCUACAGUGACUCCGCCUCCAGAGGAGAUCACAGCAUUGAGUACGUGACGGGGCCCCUGCGAGGUGUUCUGUCAAUGACCAUCUCAAGGAUCAGACCUGAGGACGCGGGGCUCUACAGGUGCGGUGUCACCACGCCUGCAGGGCUUCACAUCUACAAAGAGUACAUGAUUACUGUUACUGGCAGGGUGUUUCCUGGAGAGUAUGUCGACAGAGCUUUCUUUGUUCCAGCGCUGGAAAGAGGAGUUUCCAGUGACAGAAUAAACAUUACAAAAGUUGUCGGCGUAGAAGGAAAAAAUAUCAAGGUUGAAGUUGUUCUUAAGCCUUUGGAAAUCAAGAAGCCAUUCUCCGGCUGUGUACAGGACUACAGGAAAUGCCAGUCUUUCUUCCAACCCCUUCUGUAUCUCAAGCGAAACGUAAGCCCAGAGUUUGUCCUGCACACCUACCAGGACAGCGCUGAGAAUGGCAAAUACAGCCUCAAGUAUGGGCAGAGUUCUGUGACUGUGGGCAUCAAGGGUCUUACCAAAGCCGAUACUGGGCAAUACAUCUGUGGAAUGCAAGCACCAUCCGGAAACACAUCUUCUACGAUGUUUGAGAUCUUUGUGGAUGAUGCACCAGAGACUGUGUCGCGGUUGCUGCUGCUUCUGCUCCUGAUCCCAGUGCUGCUGCUGAUGUCUGGAGGGCUGUGGUACAUGAUCUUCUACAAAAAGAGGAAAUCAAACCUUGAUUCUCAAAAAGCAGAUACUUUGGGAGAAACCAACGUAGAGCCUGCAGUGUACGAGAACUGCCCAGCUCCCCCUUCAGAGCCUGCAGACUCCACUUACCAGAGUCUCAGCACCGACACAAGAGACCACGGCCAAAUCUACAGCUCCAUCUUCUCACAGCGCCCACCUCUCUGAGAAAACUCUGCACGGGGAAAUAAAUUCUUCAUCAUGUAAUAUAGAUGGAAUUAUAUACCAAAGAAAAGAAGUUAAAGGUCCAAUCCACUUUAUUUUUAUAUUCACAAACAGUUUCCAAAGUGCUGCAGAAAUACAUACUAAUAACAACAAUAAAAUAAAUGCUCAGAUUUAAUCAUACUAGUCCUAAAACAAUAAAACCAGCAAAAUAAAAUGACAGCAAAACCAAAGAAUAGCAAUAAAAAAUAAAACCAAUAAAUACAUUAAAAGAAAAUAAAAGCCACGUUUUAAUUUGAGUUAACGUCUGAACCUUGAGCAAAUCAAAUGCACAAAUUCUCAAGAAAAAUUUUAACAAUCAGUUGAAUUGCUUGAAAUCUGCAAAAUUCUUUAUCAAAAUCACAAAAUUUCUCUGCAAAAUACUUUUUACACUUAACGUACAUUUUUAAACAGGUGAAAUUGUUUUCAGUGCCAGUGCCAGGCUCCAUGUGGUUGUACUGCCUUCAGACUGACACUAGAGGGAGCACUAGUGGAGCACGUCACAAAAGGGAAACUGUUGGGUGUAUGUUUAGACCUGUGAUUGUCAAGGGAAGAUCAAUUGAAUCUAUUGACAGCUCCAAUUGACCAGAUAAUACUCCCUACAACUGUACAACAACUCACACUUUGUGACAGAUAAUACUCCCUAUAAUUGUACAACUACUCGGCUUUAUGUAACAGAUAAUACUCCCUACAACUGUACAGCUACAUGCCCUUAUGUAACAGAUAAUACUCCCUACGACUGUGCACCAACUCGCCCUUAUGUAACAGAUAAUAAUCCCUACAACUGUACAACAACUCAUUCUUAUGAAACAGAUAAUACUCCCUACGACUGUGCACCAACUCGCCCUUAUGUAACAGAUAAUACUCCCUACAACUGUACAACAACUCACCCUUAUGAAACAGAUAAUACUCCCUACGACUGUGCACCAACUCACCCUUAUGUAACAGAUAAUACUCCCUACAACUGUACAACUACUCGGCCUUAUGUAACAGAUGUCCUGUCAAUCAUUAUUUCAUCUUUGCACUGUUCCUCCUUACGACCUCUUCGUGUUGUAGUCAAGACCGCAUUCAUCGACACCAAAGACUAGUCCGAGACCACAGGGUCCCAAGACCAGGACAAGACCAAGACCUCUGAGGGUCAAGACCGAGACAAGACCAAGACUUUUAAAGGCUGAGACUGAGACAAGACCAAGACUUUAAAGUCCGAGACUGAGACAAGACCAAGACUUUAAAGUCCAAGACCAAGACCAUCUUUGUCAUUUCCUACAUUUAUUUGUAUUUUACAGAUAUUUUGGCACAUAUAUAUGAAUGUUUUUAUAAAUCUAUCUCCAUUUGAUCUGAUUAAUGUUAAUUUAAACUUAAAAUAGGCCAAGCAAACUGCACUGCACUUAAACCCUCUGUGCCCCCUUUUUGGACCCUCACCCACAGUUUGAGAACCCCUUCCACUGGCACUUUACAGAAAACAACUUCAAGUGAGUUUUUUCAAGUUCAGAACAUUUACAGUUACAUUUCUUACAGGUUUUGCAGUGAUAUUUAUCAGCCUCUGCGCAUUUACCGGCCGUAAUGAAAUCUGAUCGCACUCGUUGUGUGUCAGACCUCGAGUCCGAGACAAACGCGAGACCAAGCGCCUUCAAGAUCGAGACAAGACUGAGACCAAAUGCACUCAAUUCCGAGACAAGACCAAGACUGCAAAAAAGCGGUCUCGAGUAGCCUGAUUCAUCAGACGGUUUCACUUCGUAGAAACAGUCUGACCUCGCAGCAUUAGGAUUCGUUUGCUCAAUGGUAGGCGGGUACUUUUUUAUUUAACCAGUCACUGCUAUUUGGUCAUGACAUAUGUAAUACGUCGCUAACAGGGCUAACUGGUAUAUUAAGCUUUUCCCAAAUCCCGUAGGAAGAAGGGCAGUAAUGUCUUUCCCCUUGAUAAAAUUCACCAAACAUUCUCUUUGUUCCGCCUUUAAAUCCUCGAUCUCGGGAAUUGUUGACAACACAGAAUGUAUGUCUCUUCGCUGAUUGGCUGGUGCCCGAACUCGCACUUCCGGGGUUUUUGCGAACCAUCUAUUGUAUUCCGAUUCCUGACCUAGUUGUUGGAGAGAAAUGAAACUGGGCGGAGGCACUAGGUGGCACCAGCCUGGCUAGGUCUCGAGACUGACUAUCCCUCACUUUAUUUAUUUAUUAAUUUGUUAUUUUUUUCUCGUUUUUUUACCCUCUUCUCUGGAAUUAAUUGUGGGCUGCUCACCACUGGAAGUCACUGGUAGCGUCUGAUGAAGUCCUUGUUCAGUUUCUAAAGCAAAUAUCUUGUGCUUGUAGCUCUUGUUGAUAGUUCAGGUAGUGCUCACAGAUAGAACUGCCUUGUUUUCUUCCCCUCGACAUGUUGCUGGCUCAUCAGAUGAUUUGUUAAAACAUGUAAAAAUGGUAUAAAAGUCUUGAUUUCCUUGACAGAAAAUCAAAAAUAGACACAUUAUCCGGUGUUGGAGCAGGUAAAGUGAUUACAAAGCAAAGUAAAGAAGGAAACAGCAGGAGCAAAAAUACCGUCCACAUUCUUCAGAAACAGGUAGCUGAGAUAUAUUUGUAUUACUGUAUUUCUAUAAAAACACAGAGGAAGUGAGAGCUUCAGAGUAUUUUAGUUAAAAGUUCACAACAGGAGCUCCUCAAGGAUAAGGCUCACAGAUAAUGAAGAUGACCAAGCUUGUAAUGUAAAAACUUACUGUGAUAAAGUAAAGUAGUAAAGUUCUAACCGCUUUUUUACUUUAUCACAUUACAAGCUUGGUCAUGUUCACUAUUUGUUUACUAUAUAUUUUUGUUUUACUUGUACAUGUACAUUUAUAUCAUUAUGCCUUAUUAAGUGCAUAUACAUGCACAUCAGUGUCCCGGUUAUUAUCCAUAUCCCGGUUAUGUCAGUAUUCGGGUUACUGCGUUUACAUGCACGCUGAGAAACCGGGACACUCAUAUCUCUGUGUACGUGAUCAAAUGCAGUAUCCCAGAUUCUUGCCAUAAUCUUACAAAUACGCAAACGCAAAAUUUAACUUCAUUUAAUUUAAUAAACCAGGAAAAAUACAAACCAUGAGCUCCUUUAGCAGAGGAAGCUUGGGAGGUUUAACCAGUGGUGAGGAGCUAUGAGGUAUCGCACAGUCCACUGCACACAUCAAACCCAACAGAUUCUUCAUUAAAAUCUUCUGCAUAAAUAAACUCAACUUUACAACAUAUAAACCAUAACCACUGUAGUGCCCGUUUGAUCAUAUAAUUCAGCUUUGACACAUUUGUUUACAUUCUACAGAAACAAAACUUAAAACCGCAUGGCUAAUUUGCAUAAACUUAGAGCUGAUAAAAACAGCUCGCUCCUUGUGCCGCUGAUGCGAUUCAGGUUCUGUCGGACACAACUCAGUGGAAUAUGCGUGUUUGUUUUUUUUUGUGACAGAGGAUGUGCUGAUGAUGGUGAGUCUGUUCUGUGUGUAUAUCUUAAAGGAGAUAGUUCAUGUUUUAGUUUUUCAGCGAUCAUACAAGUGCAGAUUUGUGUGCAGGUUUAGCGCAGUCAUUUCACUCGUGUGGUCACUUUAUUUAUGUCGGUCACUUUAUUUAUGUUGCUACUGUUGUGGUGAAAAGACUGGAAAGUGUUUGUCUUUUGGACGCAUGCGCAGUCAACUUUAUGUUGCAGUAACCGGGAUACUGCGUUUACAUGCCACAGUAUCACAGUUACUCUCAGAAUAUACCAGCUACAUUAUUCCAGUUUCCAAUAACUGGGAUACUGAAACCGGCAUACUGCAUAUACAUGCACCAUGAAGAAACAUGGAUACUCAAAAAACCUGAUCAUAACCGGGAUACUGAUGUACAUGUAUACGCACUCAUUGACACCAGUCUCUUGUUAUUUUUACUACUUGUUUUGAAUGUAUUGUUACCAUUUAUGUUUUUUCUCUUUGUUAUUAUAUUCUAUUUUGAUGUGUGAGCUACUCUGGACAAAUCAUUUUCUUUGUGGGUCAAUAAAGUUUGUCUGAUAUCGGA